UCCCUCUUUCAGUUUCAACUUCAAUUGAACUCCAAUGACUACCGAAAUUCUCCAAAUCGGAGGCGUCGACGACGACGACGACGAAAUCACCAUCAUCCACUCGACGCCGCCGUCCUUCAAGUCCGACGCCCCUAAAAUCACCAUCGAUCUCUACGACGACGUCGAAUCCCCCGCCUCCCCCUCCUCCAAUCAAGGCGAACCGUCCGACUCGAAUCGCGGCGACGACGACGUCGUACUCCGCUACUCCUUCGCGUGCGAAAUCUGCGCCUGCGAUAAGCCAAUCAGCGACUCGUUUCAAAUCCUCGGCUGCGACCACUGCUGCUGCACGCAAUGCGUCUCCAAUUACGUGGCGGAGAGGCUGCAGGAGAGCAUCACGGAGAUCGGGUGCCCCGUCUCCGGCUGCGCGGGAUUCCUGGAGCCGCAGCACUGCCGCACGAUUCUGCCGCGAGAGGUCUUCGAUCGGUGGGGAGACGCGCUGUGCGAGGCGCUGAUUUUGGGGGCGGAGAGGUUUUACUGUCCGUUCGAGGAGUGCUCCGCUCUGCUGAUUGACGAUGGGAGUGAGAUUGUGGUGCAGUCGGAGUGCCCCGAGUGCCGGCGGCUCUUCUGUGCGCCGUGCAAGGCGGCGUGGCAUGCUGGUAUCGAAUGCGAGGAGUUUCAGAGGCUCAGCAAGGAUGGGAGGAGCAAUAAUUAGUGGAUUCGGUGCAGAACUUAUGUCAUCAAAUCUCAAGGUGUGGAACCAGUUUUUGCUACAAUUUCGGAGCUAAGAUGGACUUACAUUUUCACAACUGUAUAAUAAGUCCAUGGUUUUAAUUGUGCUUCCUGCUAUAUAUGUUGAUAACCUUUUUUCCAUUAUGUUGAUAGGUUAAGGUAUAGGUUAUGUCUACCAUUGUUGCUCCAAAUAUGCAAUUAGAUUGUGAUUAGAUGAAUCGCUUUGAAUACUUUUCAUUCAAUGUUUUUGUUAUAAUAUUAGGUAUGAAUGAUGAAAUUAUAUUUGAAGGUGCA